AUGGUGUGGCUACAAGCGGAUUCUGAGGUGAAAGUAUCGUUGACCCAAAUUGGCUUCAAUGUUGAACUCGCGAACCGCAAGAAUAUGACUGUUCCGAACUCUUGGGGAGUCGGCCAAGGAGGCAAAGAAACGCAUAAUCCACAGGAAAUUCUUGACGGCGGCGGCCUUCUUCCGUUGGGUGGAACCGAGGUGUGCGGCGGAUACAAAGGAUACGGUCUCACAUCGAUGAUCGAGAUCUUCUGCGGCAUCCUUGGCGGUGCUCAUUGGGGACCGAAUGUGAGAACAUGGAUGAGUCGAAGUGCCGAAGCGGAUCUUGGGCAGUGUUUCGUCGCUAUCGAUCCCGAGGCAUUCGCGCCAGGAUUCAAUGGAAGACUUCAAGAUUUUAUUAAUACCAUGAGAGGAUUGCCGCCAGCGGAGCCCGGAAAACCGGUGGAAGUUGCCGGCGAUAUGGAGAAGAGACAUGUUGAACUUGUCGAGAAGCUGGGAGGAAUUCCAUACCAUCCAAAUCAGAUUGAUCAUGUGAAUGAGCUUGCCGAUAGCAUUGGUGUCGAUAGGGUUAAACUCAUUUCGUAA